AUGGCAGCUUCUUUGCCUAGGCCUUCACGGCCAUCCUUUGGUCCUCCCACAACUGCUCUACCUGCUUUACCAUCUAAGAAGACUCGAAAGAGUACCGGUGGGAUACAAACGACUCCAGAGCUUCUUUCGGACUCCAUUCCAAGUCUGCCCAAGAGCGCACUGCGUGCGCCUUCAACUUCUUCACUUCCAACGACACCGGGUGGUGGUGCGUCUCUUCCCAAGAUGAGAGCCGUGUCUGGAGUAAACGGAGCUGGAAAAUCGAUACGGAAAACAAUCAGCAUCAAUGCUUUCCCCCAACCUCCGCGAAGCGGCCCUGGUGGAAUCAGAACCACGAGUCUACCCCCAAGUCCACUUUCUGGGGGCUUGACACCCGCGAACGUGAAUCCAUAUGCUGGUACAAGAAGGGAAUCUACGGAAAGCAGUCCUCUAACCCCAGGAGGUAAGCUGCGGAAGAAAGCAAAGCCAGCCAAUAGUCCAAUUACACAAAGCUAUGUUGGCAACACAACACCUAGUUUGCUCAACGGCAGUGGAGACAGUCGGUCAAUUUCUAGUGGUCCAGGAGCUCGUGGAUCCGAUGGGUUGUUAAGCCUGCCUUCACCCCCUCAAAGUCGAAGUUCGUCUGCACAGGACUCAUACUCGACCUCUGCUACGACAUAUGAUGAUAAUGGAGAAGGCACCAGAGGGCGCGAAACAUCGGCGGAACAUAAUGAUAACAGGUCGUCCAAGCCUCCUGAAGGAAAGGGAAACGUAAUUGUCAGCGUAAGAGUACGGCCGGAUGCUGGGACAACCGGUAGCUCUGGGAAAGAUGGAGAUUGGAUGAUCGAUGGAAGGAAAUCAUUGGUAUCGUAUCGAGGAAAGGAAGCUGGAGAGUAUUAUUAUGAUAAUGUUUUUUCAACCGAAGACAACAACGCCAAAGUUUACGAUUCAUCUGCGAAGCGAUUAGUACGACGAGUAAUGGAAGGGUAUCAUGGCACAGUAUUUGCGUACGGAAUGACAGGAACAGGAAAGACGUUUUCUAUGCAGGGUACAGCGACAUCCCCAGGUGUUAUCCCACUGGCCAUAACCGACAUCUUUUCAUACAUUCGCGAGACGCCAUCGCGAGAAUUCCUGCUACGAGUCAGUUAUUUGGAGAUUUACAACGAAAAGAUCCACGACUUGUUAAGUGCUCCGGCUGCGGGUGGAAUUGGCCCAAAUGCUGGACAGCAGGAGGAAAUCAAGCUGCGUGAAGACGCCAAGCGGGGUGUCUACGCGAGCCCGCUCAAGGAAGAAAUCGUACAGAGUCCUACCCAACUCUUGAGAGUAAUUGCGCGUGGAGAUCAAGCGAGGAGGACCUCGAGUACUCAGUUCAACGCUAGGAGUUCUCGAAGCCACGCUGUUGUUCAAAUCGUAGUCGAAAGUCGAGAGAGGAUACCUGGGAAUGUCGCCAUGGGUAAUGACAAACGGUCUGGCAUGCUUCCCGGUGGAGUUCGUGUGUCGACUUUGAGUUUGAUUGAUUUGGCCGGUUCGGAAAGGGCUGCUGAGACGAAAGAAAGAAGAACCGAGGGCUCUCACAUCAACAAAAGUUUAUUGACUCUCGGAACUGUUAUUGCCCGAUUGUCAGGUGACAAAGACAAAGAUGGUAAACCAACCGACAAGGACGGAAAGCAUCUCCCGUAUCGAGAUAGUAAACUUACCAGAUUGCUACAAGGAGCGCUCUCUGGAGAUUCGCUUGUCAGCAUUCUUUGUACAAUUCAAACAGGAGCUACGGGGAGCGCAGCUGCAGCGAACACGCACACUGGGGAGACUUUGAAUACGUUGAAAUUUGCCGCAAGAGCGAAAAAUAAUAUCGUUAGCCACGCAAAGAAGGCGGAAGAGGCUCUAGGGGCUGGUGGUGACGGCGGCGCUCGUGUUUUACUAGAAAGAUACAGGAUGGAGAUUCUGGAUCUCAGAAGCCAACUUGAUGGACAAGCCAAAUCAAAACAUGACGAUGACGAAGAGCAGCGCGAGAAAGAAGCAGAGCAGAGACAUGAAGAGCAAAUGCUUGAGAUGCAAUUGGCGAGAACCGCUUUGAAAGAGAGGAUCGAGCAUCUCAAUCGACUCAUCCUAAGCUCGAAGUCGACAGGUGUCAAUGCUAGUGGAUCAUAUUCGUCACUUAGCAUGCAUCCACGACUUUCAGCGAUGACUUCUAACGGACAUCUGUCGCAGAUGUCGACACGAUCUUCAAUGGCUCCUUCUCAGAAGAGUAGACGAUCAAUGGACCGCACUUCUUCUGUCAACUCAGUCUCCACUAUUGGCCAGCUCCCUGGAGCACAUAGACUCUCUGGUGGGGACCACUCGAUGGAAGACGAAGAUUCGAUAGGCGAGAAUGGCGAUGGAACCGCUACUCUGCAAGCACAGAACCGGGCCCUUCAAGCAGACCUCGCCGACAAGAACCGAUACUGUCAAACUCUAGAGAAGCGACUCCUCCAAGCCAGACGCUCAAGCCAUUCAAGGACGUCUGUCAACUUUGGAAUGCCUGGAAAGUCUGGUGUUAUGGUAGGCGAAGACCACGGCGUUGCAGCUUUACUGAAAGAGAAGGAUUCCGAGAUCGCUGAUUUACGUGCUCGAUUGGAUGACAAAGACCGGAUGUUGACCGCGUUGCGAAGCGCAGCAAGAUCAAGGGAUACAGCUGAUCGGGACCCAAGAACUCCUUCGGCCAUCCAGCUUCUUGAAGACGGUCCGUUGAGUCCCGUAUCAGCACGCGCAUCUCAACUCCUCGAGAAUGAGACUUCACCAAUAGGAUCAAGGCCUCACUUAGGUCCUGUCCCCAAGAAAAGGACGAAAUCGGUCGAUGAAAUGAGCAAAAUGCUCGACGAGAUGAUCCAAGACCGUGUGGAAACCGGGCAACUGGUGAAGAGCGUCAAAGGAAGCAUUCGUCUCCCUGCCGAGCGAAAACCUAGAUCAUCAGAACCGCCAAUCGCGGUAGAAAAGAGCCUCCCAGCAGUACCUGACGAGGCCUCGGCGCUGGUGUCUGAAGUCCAGUAG